CUUCCUGUAGUCCUCUACGAGAGCUGUGAUAGGCUCAGACCCAACCUUUUCCGAUGGCCAGUGACACUGUCGACGAUGACGAAGCUUUAGCUCAGAUCCUGAGGGCCAAUGAUGAGCUGACCCUGGUGGUCAACAUGUAUAAAGACAUGAUGGGGGGGAGAGAGAGCAACAGGAUGAGAGGAGGAGGUGGUGGAGAGCGCUCCAUAAACAACGGUCCCAGCAGCCCCAGAGAGAUAAAGUGUUACCAUCUAAUAGACCUGUCAGCCCUGGACUCUCCACAGACACAUAGACCACCUUCUAAAGACAUGUCUUCCUCCGUCUCACCUCCCCACCACGUCUCCUCCUUCCUGUCCUCCUCCUCUACCCCCCAGCCUCGGCUUGGCACCCCUCCUCCCUCCUCUCCUCUCUCCCGUCAACGGCUCAACAGUACUCCCCUAUCUCUAAUCGAUCUGGACGUGACAGAGCUGGAUAAACCGGCAUCGUCUCAAAGCCAGAGCAGCACGUACUACCAUGAACUACUCCAGAUGAGACUAGGAGAGGAGAACACAGGGAGAGACCAUUCCCUGACCACGUGGGGGUGUGGAGGGAGAGACCACCCACUGGUGGCCCGGGGUUGCGGCAGUGGCUCGUCAAAUGGAGCUGACUGGGCGUGCCUUCAGAAUCGUCCAAUUGUGAUGUCAGGAUCACCAUCAAACUCACAGAGUCAGCCAAUGACAGAGUCAGGAUCUCCAGUGAAAUCAGAGAGUUUCAAUCUCCCAGAAUCCUUAGCAGAGAUCCACGUCCCACUGGAAUCCAUUAAACCAAGUCGAUUGGAGCCAAUCACAGUGUACGACCAGAAUGGCGUCCAUGUUUCCCUCCAUUUUGCCAAAGACCCGCCCCCGGGACACCCUAACGUUGCUGUGGUUAUCGUCUCCACGGUGAACACCUCCGCACUUCCUGUUAAAGACAUCCUGUUUCAGGCUGCUGUUCCCAAGACUAUGACAGUGAAGCUCCAGCCGUCUUCAGGGAAUGACCUCCCCUCCUACAACCCUCUGCUGCCCCCUGCUGCCCUCUCACAGAUACUGCUCCUCUCCAACCCACACAGGCGUAAGGUACGUCUGCGCUACAAGCUGACCCUGGUCCACGGUGAUGGAGAGCAGAGCCUCAGUGAGAUGGGAGAGGUGGAGGACUUCCCUGACUGGGUCACCUGGAUGGGCCUCUGAUCUGAGAGAACCCUGCAUGGAAUUCUAGAACCUGACAGAGAGACAUUCUAGAACCUGAGAGAGAGAGACAUUCUAGAACCUGACAGAGAAAUAUUGUGGUACCUGAUAGAGAAAGGUUCUGCAGCAUAAUGUGGAACCCUCUGCGAUUGCUGCCUUGACCGCCAUGAUGUCAUGUAGUUGGUCAUGUGAUGCGUGUGUAUUUACUUUUGAUAUGCGGUCAUCCUUGGAGGUUCUUAAAAACUGAUAUUUAUUUAGUAUUUGAAGUAGGCUCUGGGAGACCAGUCUAGUGUUAGGUGUGGGUGUGUCCAUUUGUGUGUUCUUGUGUUUGUCUGAUUGACCCGGCUUUGUCAACUCGGUGCCAAAUGACCCACCUGGGUUAUGUUUCUCCACCAUUUUCUACCGAACUAGACCAGGUGAACCAGGUGCCUCUUCUACUGACCUGUUGUUCACCUGGCUCCUGUGUGAGCUGCUUGUUGUGUUUUUGUUCAUCGUCUGAUUGAUUGAUGCCUCAGAUACGACACUCUGAAAUCUGUGAUCAAUAAAACAUAGAAUGCUGUUCUUA